AUGGCAACUGACGAGUGGGAACAGAACACUCUCAUAAAUGUGGCAAUGCCACUCACAAACCUCCCUCCGUACAACGAGCAGAACACCAAGAACUGGUUUUUACAGCUGGAAGCCAUUUUCUCGGUACGGAAAAUCACAUCACAACAAGCAAAAUUCGUCAACGUGGUACAAGUUUUGCCACCUUCAGUUGUCGACGAAGUAGCCGACAUCUUGGAACACGUACCCGAGCAGGAGCCAUAUACUCGCCUCAAGGAGGCUAUUCUGAAACGAACCGGCCGUUCGGACGAGGAACUGCUCCGGGAACUUUUUACCCACGUCACCAGGGGCGACAGAACACCCUCACAGCUUCUACGCUUCAUGAGGAGCCGACUGGGGAAACAUUCCAUGGCCGAAUCAAUCUUGCGCGAACUGUGGAUGGACAAGUUACCCACUACCAUAACGCAGAUAUUGGCACCAAUCGCUGAUAACACUCCACUGGACCAGUUAGCAAACUCCGCUGACCGCAUCGCAACUAAACUGGACCAAGGAGUGUGUGCCGUGCAACGCCCAGACGACACAUCAGCCAAAGAAACAGACCUGGAAAAGGCAGUAGCUGACCUGCAGCAUCAGCUGCAGGAUAUACGAAUGCUCCUUUCCCGCACAUCGAGAGGCCCGAUGCCGGCGACCGGCGGUUGGCGACGGAGAGCACGGAGUACCAGCAGGGGUCGACGAGUCGACCCGGAAUUAUGCUGGUACCAUCACAGAUUCGGCACCAGGGCAAAGAAUUGCUCGGCACCCUGCAAAUACAGCUCCAAAACCAAGUCGGAAAACUAA